AUGCCAAAGGGAAAAACCACUCCAUCAGAUUCUAAUCACCCUGGUAGAGAUAGCCUACAAUGGAAUGAUGAAAUGGAUCAAAUGUUGUUGAAUGCUUUGGGUGAAGAGGCAAAUAAGGGAAAUAGGCACGAUGGUGCUUGGACAACACAAGCAUACAACAACAUGGUCGAAGCCUUAAGAUCUACAAUUGGACCAAAUAUCACAAAGAAUCAUAUAAAGAAUAGAAUGAAGACACUAAAAAAUCAUUUUGCUGAAGCUUACGACUUGUUCCAUAGUUUAAGUGGAUUCUCUUGGAAUUCAAUAACUCGAAAAUUUGAUGCUGAGGACGACGUCUGGGAAGAGCUGAUUAAAGGAAAGCCACAUGCUGCAAGAUGGAGAAAAAUGCAAAUUAAGCAUUAUGACAUCUUGACUGAGUUAUUUGCAACUGAUAGGGCAAAAGGAAAUGUUGCGAAAACAGCUAAGGAAAGGAGGAAACAAUGGGAGAAGGAGAAUAUUGACUUGAAUAACUAUUUUGAAGAUACAGAAAUGUAUGUGCCAAAUGUUGGUAUGUUUGAUGAAAACCAAUUUUCACCCCCCAACUUUGAGGAUGCUAGUCCACAAAAUGGUCAAACAAAUCCUAGUGGCUUAAAUACUUCAAGGGGUACAAAACGGAAGAGAAAUGUGGUUGAGUUAGUUGAAGAUCAAUAUGAGCGAAUGAAUGAAAGUAUCAUGACAAUUGCUGAAGCUUUGAAAGAGGGAAAUUCUGUUUCUAAGGAGCUGCACCAAGUUGCAGAGCGUCAAGUUGAAGUUGCUGAAAGACAAGUUGCAGUCAUUGAAAAACAAGUUGAAAUUGCUGAAAAACAAGUUACUGUGAUACAACAAACUCGUCCUCGUCAUUAUUCAGAAUCUGAUGUAUGGGAUCUUUUAGAGGAAUUAAGAGUCACAGAUCCAUUUCGCAUGAAGGUUUAUAACCAUUUAUGUGAUAAUGAGCACAAAAAACGUAAGCUUUUUGGCGUACCACCUCAUAUGAGAGGAGAAGCUCUCAUUCAAAUGAUGACUGAUGCAGGUGCUUUCACCUCUAGUGCAAUACAAGUAGAAGUGCAACAAGCAACUGGAGCUAUAGUGCAAAGAUGUGUAUACUAA